AUGCUUGUUGCUUUAAUAGCUCUUUGUAACCUGAUUGUCUCUCCUUGUCUCAGUGGCAGUAGUGGGGGCAGUGGCGGUCGAGAGAACAGCAGUAAUAGUAUGGGAAUCCCUCUGGCUGUGCCGACACCCUCCCCUCCCAGUAUGGCACCAGGUCCAGGUUUGGGUCCGAUCCCGAUGUCUCAGUUUGGAACAAUCUCCCGGCAGAUCUCCAGACACAAUUCCUCCUCCACUUCUUCCUCCGCCUCGAUGGUGUCAGCCACCGGAACUUACCGGCGCGCCCCUGCCAGCUCCUCCCAGUUCUCUGUGCCUCAACCCCAUCUGAACGGGGGUCCCACAUACCCCCAGAACACAAGUGAGUUCAGUUCCACCUUAGGGAGAUGUUUAGUGACCCUAAAAA